ACCAUACUAUUUCUUACGGUUCUCUGGCCUGCCUCUCAUGGAGGGAAGAUUCUGGUUUUUCCUGUGGAGGGAAGUCACUGGGUGAACAUGAACUUUCUCAUCAAAGCGCUCCAUUCCCAGGGACAUUCGAUCACAGUGGUGCGAACCACUAAUAGCUGGUACGUCAACGAGGAAUCUUUGUACUACGACUCGAUCAAUAUACCUGUUGAGGGCACUGAUGAAAAUUUUAUCAAGCCAAUUAUAAAAAAUCUCAUCGACAUGGAAAGAGUUAAGUCUUUUGCACUAAAUGCACAGGUAGAUAUGUUUUCAGCUGUAUAUAAAGUUCAUAUGAUAAACUGUGACAUUGCAAGAAAUAUGCUGAGUGACAAGAGUUUGAUGAGUACCAUUGAGAAAAGUCAGUAUGACUUAAUCCUCACUGACCCAGCAUCGGGCGUAGGUAUUUUGUUGUCACAUUAUCUGAAGUUACCUUUAGUCUAUAAUGUACGGUGGGCAACAGCCGGGGAGGGACAUUUGGUCAUUGCACCUUCCCCUUUAUCCUUCGUUCCAGUAACUUCUUCAGGUCUCUCAGACAAAAUGACUUUUGUACAGCGAGUCAAAAAUAUGCUUUUCUACAUGCUUGUGUAUCUUGAGGGCAGUUUACUAAAUGCACUGUAUCAAACUGUUUGUGAUGAGUACUUCACGGGCGUCAAAUUUAAAGAUCUAUUGCAGAGUGCCGAUAUAUGGCUUAUGAGAGUUGACUUUGUGUUUGAGUUCCCUCGCCCCACCAUGCCGAAUAUUAUCUAUAUAGGAGGUUUCCAGUGUAAACCUGCUGAACCUCUUCCUCAACACCUGGAAGACUUCGUGUUGAGUUCUGGUAAACAUGGAGUCAUCAUCAUGUCUCUGGGAACUUUUGUCAGUGAACUUCCAACUGACAUGACCAAUAAGAUAGCUGCAGGUUUUGCCAAACUACCUCAAAAGGUCAUCUGGAGGCAUACAGGUGCCAAGCCGGCAACCUUGGGCAACAACACUUUACUUGUUGACUGGAUGCCACAGAAUGAUCUUUUAGGACAUCCAAAAGUAAAGCUAAUUGUGGCUCAUGGAGGUACAAAUGGGAUUCAAGAAGCCAUUUAUCAUGGAGUCCCAGUAUUGGGCCUUCCUUUAGUUUUUGACCAAUAUGACAACCUCCUGCGUCUGAAAGACAGAGGAGCAGCCAAGAUUUUAUCUUUAGUCACAGUGGACAAAGACAACAACUUUCUGGAGGGCUUACAGGAAGUUCUUCACGAGCCGUCCUACAGAACAAACAUGCAGAGACUCUCCAGGCUGCACAGAGACCAGCCAAUAAAACCACUGGACCACGCCCUCUUCUGGAUAGAGUUUGUAAUGAGGCACAAAGGCACUGCUCACCUGAGAACUGAGUCUUACAGAAUGCCCUGGUACUCCUACUACUCUAUAGAUGUUAUCUUGAUUUUGCUAGCUACUGUUUUGCUGAUUACCUUUCUCGCUUUUGCAUGUUUCAGAAACAUGUGCAAUAAGAUUUCCCUGAAAACAAAAACAAAAAAAGAAUGA